AUGGCACCAGUCGCUAUUGAGAAUAGCCCACCUCCUGUGGUCAACAAGCGGGAUGGCCAGGCCCUGGAGGACAUGUCCGAUGCUAUCGAUGAGGUCAACGUCCUCAAAGCCAACAUGAAGAAGGAGCAGGAGGCCAAGGAGGCUCAAGAGAAGGGUCUCUACGAGGAGUCCGAGUUCGACAAGGAAAAAGACAAGGCCGGGUUCCGCCAGUACGAAGACGCUUGCGACCGCGUCAAGAACUUCUACAAGGAGCAACACACCAAGCAGACCGUCGCCUACAACCUCAAGGCCCGCCACGAAUUCGAGACCCAGACCCGUGCCGAAAUGACUAUCUGGGAGGCCAUGGAGAAACUCAACACCCUCAUCGACGAGUCAGACCCUGACACUAGCCUGUCACAGAUUGAGCACCUCCUUCAGUCCGCUGAGGCUAUCCGUCGCGAUGGCAAGCCUCGUUGGAUGCAACUGACUGGUCUGAUCCACGACCUGGGCAAGCUGCUCUUCUUUUACAAUGCCCAGGGCCAGUGGGAUGUGGUUGGUGAUACCUUCCCCGUCGGCUGUGCCUUUGAUGACCGCAUCGUCUACGGUCGUGACUCCUUCAAGGAUAACGAAGACUUUGAACACAAGGUCUACGAUACAAAGUUCGGUAUCUACAGCCCGGGCUGUGGUCUCGAUAAGGUCAUGCUCUCAUGGGGUCACGAUGAGUACCUCUACCACAUCGCCAAAGAGCAGUCUACUUUGCCCGAUGAGGCUCUUGCCAUGAUUCGUUAUCACUCUUUCUACCCCUGGCACAGCGCUGGGGCCUAUCACGAGUUGAUGGAUGAUCAUGAUAAGGAGAUGUUGCGUGCUGUCAAGGCUUUCAACCCUUAUGACUUGUACAGCAAGAGCGAUGGCAUCCCCAGUGCCGAGGAGUUGAAGCCUUACUAUAUGGAGCUCAUUAAUGAGUACUUCCCCAACAAGGUGGUUCGUUGGUAA